AUGCCUCACACCAUCCGUAGCCCGCCUCAACUACACUCACCCUCCUCGGGCGAGGGCUACACGCCGCCUUCCUCGUCCGACUCCGACUCUGACAAUGGCUACCACAAAGACUUUUGCCUCAUGUCAACAAGGGAGCUGCUCGCCAUUGACUGGCGUGCCCAGGAGAGGUUUGCAGCCCGAGUGGGUGUGACCUAUCUCUACCCGCAGCUGCUACAAGAUGAUUACCCAUACAGCACUUCGGCACCAGAAGCAGCUGCCGACCAGUCAGCCGCCUUUGGUAUUGUUAUGCCAGUGGGCACGUCCAAAGCCAAGCAGCCGCAGUACAUGCUCAGCCUAGGACUUGCCCCUGAUUCAAAGGGGAAUUGCAUCCCCCCGGAUGCCAUUUGGACAAGAAUCAGCCGACGGCUCGUCUCGCCCGAGGUUCUUGAAAAGGCCGGCGUUCGCUAUGAGGCACGGCCAACUUUUGUUGCGGUUCUUGGCAUGCUGGACAAGAAAACCAUUGCCGAAUACGCGCGGCAGAGUGCAGAAGCGCGGAGAUCUCGACACUCCUCGGCCAAGGGACGGGGUCAGCUGCCGCGCAACACCCCUCCAGACGACCGUCGCACAUCAUUCGGAGCUGGCCCAGCAGUGGAUCCGAAGCCAAGGAUGCGACGGAUGCAGUCCAUGCCUGACGUUAGCAACAGCGACGAUCGGCGCAAUGGCCCUGCACCCAACGCGAAUGCCAACAAGGCCAGCACGUUUCCCCUGGACCGUGAUGCAACAGCGUCAGCGAACGGUGGUCGGAAUAGGGACGGCGACAAAGGUUCGGCGUACCCGUUCAUUGUGUCUCCGCCAACAAUGGAGGCCAAUGCAGGAGGUGUGGCGCCCGAGGGAUCGAAUGCGCAGCCCGAGCCGCAACCCAAGUCUAUUCUCAAGAACAAAAACACGAACCAAGUGCGCUUCAAAGAUGGCAAGUUGGUUGAGGUGGGCCCCGACGACGCCGAGUCGGGCCCGUCGUCUCGCGACAAGAGCCACAGCGGCACCCACCACGGCCAUGGCCACAGUCACAGCAGCAAGCACCGCGACCGGAGCCGGCACCGUGACUCGUCAAGUCACCGCCACCGCGACUCAUCAAGACAUCGCCACCGCGACUCGUCAAGUCACCGCCACCGCGACUCGUCAAGCCACCGCCACCGCGACCACAGUCGGACCCGCUCUGACGAUGACGAUCGCAGCCAAAUCGGGAACGCGACCGGGAACGUGAUCGUGACAGAGAUAGAAGUCGCGACAGGGACGAUGGCGACAAAGAUUAUGACUCGCAACGACGACGACGACCCGAUGACCGAAGCCGUGACCGAAGUGACAGCUCAUCGCACGAACGCGACCGCAAUCGGGAUCGUGAUCGGGACAGAGAGCGCGAUCGUGAUCGCAAUAGGUCGCGCGACCGAGACGAACGUGAACGUGAACGUGAACGUGAACGUGACCGAGACAGAGACAGAGACAGAGAUCGAGACCGUGACCAGCCAACGCUCCUACCGCGACUUGUCGUCCCGCAACCGGGAUGGCCGCGACUCUCGAGACUCUCGGGAUCGCGACGGCCGCAACAGUCGUGAUCGAAGCGACAAGGAUGGCCGUGACCGUGAAGGCGGCCGCAAACGAUUCCGCGACACGCUCAAUGCCGCCGGUAUCGGUGGUGCUGCUGGCAGUCUGUUUUCUGUGCUCACCGAGGCCGCAUCCGGCUUUUGA